UGGGCUGGGCUUUCUCUUUUUUUGGCCGGUGCUGACUGCCGGGCUUGCCUGCCCGUUGGUUAUUAUGGAUUCAAUCAUUAUUCAGGAGCGAUUAGUCGAGCGGUUGCUUUCGCCCAGGACUCUGCUCCAGAGAAGCCACUCCGUGAAGCUGAAGGACCAUGAAAAGCAGUAUGUGGGGUUCGCUACUCUGCCCAACCAGGUGCACCGGAAAUCUGUGAAGAAGGGCUUUGAUUUCACUCUCAUGGUGGCAGGGGAGUCAGGUCUGGGCAAAUCUACACUGGUGAACAGCUUGUUCCUGACAGAUCUCUACAAAGACCGGAAGCUUCUCAACGCAGAGGAAAGAAUCAGUCAGACAGUAGAGAUUGUGAAACACACGGUGGACAUUGAGGAAAAGGGGGUGAAGCUGAAGCUAACGAUAGUUGACACACCGGGUUUUGGAGAUGCUGUUAACAACACGGAAUGUUGGAAGCCUAUCACAGAUUACAUCGACCAACAGUUUGAACAGUACUUCCGUGAUGAGAGCGGCCUCAAUCGAAAGAACAUCCAGGACAACAGAGUCCACUGCUGCCUUUACUUUAUCUCUCCAUUUGGCCAUGGGCUGAGGCCGGUGGAUGUGGAGUUCAUGAAAGCUCUCCAUGAGAAAGUCAAUAUCGUACCCCUCAUUGCCAAAGCCGACUGCCUAAUCCCUUCAGAGAUCAAGAAGCUAAAAGAGCGGAUCCGGGAAGAGAUUGACAAAUUUGGAAUCAAAGUUUACCAGUUCCCAGAGUGUGACUCAGAUGAAGACGAUGAAUUCAAGCAACAAGACAGGGAGCUGAAGGAGAGCGCUCCCUUUGCAGUCAUUGGCAGUAAUACAGUGGUGGAAGCCAAAGGCCAGAGAGUACGAGGGAGGCUGUAUCCCUGGGGCAUCGUGGAAGUGGAAAACCAAGCACACUGUGACUUUGUAAAGCUGCGGAACAUGCUGAUCCGGACGCACAUGCACGAUUUGAAGGACGUAACUUGUGACGUUCACUAUGAGAACUACAGAGCACAGUGCAUACAGCAGAUGACCAGAACUGGAGAAGUAGAUCAAUGCAAGCUGACUCAGGACAACAGGAUAGAGAGCCCCAUUCCGAUCCUGCCACUACCUACGCCAGACGCUGAAACAGAGAAGUUGAUCAAGAUGAAGGAUGAAGAGUUGCGAAGAAUGCAGGAGAUGCUGCAAAAGAUGCAGCAGCAGAUGCAGGACCAGUGAGAAGGAAGCAGGCUGGGAGGGCAAAGGGAAUCCGCCUCGCCACCACCAGCAGGCCAGCAGGAAUCGUGAAUGCUCUAGGAAGGACUUUUCCCUGUGCCCAAGGACGUGUGAGCAGGAGCGGCACCUUCUCUCUCUCUCUCUUUCAUUCAACAGCAGCACCCUUUGCCAGCGGGUUGCCCAAGAGACGGAUGGGGAAAAGAGGUCAGGUCGCCGAAAGCCCCUCCCACUUUUGGAAUACAACCUCAAAGGCAUCUGGCUAUUUUAUUUCUCUCUCCUUUUUAAGAAAAGACAGGCCAUCCAUUUUGCACUCUUUCCCCAGUUGUACUCGAAAGUCUUGUUUAGGGAACUGCUUGGUAUUUUAAAGUCACGGUUUCUACAGCUAAUGAAGUUGAGGACUCUGUGUGAACGCAUGUACUUGUUUACUCCUAACCAAGGUGCUGUGAUCCUCGUCCAGCCCCCCUCGACUCCCCGUUUAUCCUCCACCUCUCUAAGUUCAUGCAGGGCCAACAAUAGCUUGGAACCCAGGGCUCGCAAGAUGGUUCCAGUCCAACCGUCACCUGGGGGAUUCCCUGGUUUUCCUGCCACUUUGAAGCAGACAAGCUGAAAGGUGUAUAGAUUCCCCAAGCAAAUGCUGGGUGGAUUUGGGGGAGGGGUGUUUUCCAAAGAUUCUCAGAAACAUUCCAAAUUUUUUUCCUAUCAAGAAACUCCAAGGCUGUUCUGCACUUCAGGGAAGGAAGCAGAGGCCUCCAUGUGAGGGCUUUUACUACAAACAGUUCCACUGCCCCUGUUUUAGAUGGAACUGGGUACCACAAAAUGGCAUGUUGAUAAUAGUAUGAAAGGAAUAACCUGGAGGGUUUUGUGUCAUUCCAUCAUGCUGAUCUGUGUUCACUCCCUUGCCAAACAUAGCACAAAUUGGAUUCACAGGAAAAACUACCAACUGGUUCAUAUGCUGCUGAGUGGAUUCCCUUGGUGCACUUUUCGAAGGAACAGUUUUGGGUUUCCUUUAGGGGUUCUGCUGAAUUCCACCUAGAGUUGGUAUUGAGGCAAAAUGGGGAGUUCUGCUAGUCUCAAGUUGCACUGUGGAACUGAAAGUGGGUCGACUGAGAAUUGCAUUGCUUCAGUCCUGUUUACUGGUACAAACGUUCACUAUGGAAA